AUGGCGGUAGAAAAGAUUGUUCCCACGGCGAAGGAGCUGGAGCAAUUCGACCUGAGCGACACCCACACCGUAGACCUCAUUAAUCGUGCGCAAGAGGGCGACGCAGCUGAUCGAAAGUUGACAGUUCGUCAAGCGCUGGCUAAAUACAAGAAGGCGGUGUUUUGGGCUCUCUUUCUGUCAACCAGUCUAAUCAUGGAGGGAUAUGACUUGGUCAUCAUCACCUCUUUCUACGGCCAAACACAAUUCAAACAGCGUUUUGGAGUUUAUGAUGAGGGCACAGGCGAGAAACUUAUCACUCCCGCGUGGCAAUCCGGGCUGUCGAACUCUGCACUAGUUGGACAGCUUGCUGGUCUGGUCGUCAACGCUUGGUGUCAAGAUAAGUUUGGAGCAAGACAUACAAUGAUGUUCUUUAUGGUCUGGAUGGCGGUCAUGAUUUCGAUUCCCUGCUUUGCACCGUCUUUGCCCGUGUUAGCUUGGGGAGAGGCCAUGUGUGGUGUCUCCUGGGGUGUCUUUCAGACGCUAAGUACAACUUACGCCUGCGAAGUUGUUCCCACAGUUCUUCGACCAUACGUUACGGCUUACGUCUGCAUGUGUUGGGGUGCCGGUAUUCUCCUUUCGGCUGGAGUUGUCCGAGCAGUUGCGAGCAUUCAGGGAGAUAUGGGUUGGAGACUUCCCUUCUUGCUUCAAUGGAUCUGGCCAGUUCCGUUAUUCAUCGGUGCUUACCUAGCACCUGAAUCCCCAUGGAACGCAGUUCGGAGGGGCAAAUUCGACCUCGCACGACAGAGCCUUCUCCGUCUUCGCCAGGAUACCGCUGACAAAGAAACGGAAGUUGACGCCUCAUUGGCAUAUAUCAGACACACGACAGCUCUUGAGGAAGCAGAGACCCAUGGCGCUACUUUCAUGGAGUGUUUCAAAGGGCCGAACCUGUGGCGGACAGAAAUCAACUGCGUUGUCUGGGCUGCCCAAAUUCUGGGAGGAAACGCCCUCGUCGCCUACGGUGUGACAUUCCUUCAAGCCGCCGGGUUCUCGGAAAUCCAGUCACUGAACCUCAAUAUCUCAUUAUCCGCCUGUUACGUCAUUGGAGGCAUCAUCUGCUGGUUCCUAUUUCCUCAUUUUGGGCGCGCAACUCUCUACAUGAGUGGCCUAACAUUCCUCUUCUUCUGCAACAUCGUUAUUGGUGGCCUCGGAUUCACCAAAAACGAGAAAGCACAAAUCGCUAUUGGCGUUAUCCUGGUCGUGUCUAACCUGGUCAACAUGGUGACCGUUGGCCCUGUCUGUUAUCCCAUCGUUGCGGAGACGCCGUCAGGAAGACUUCGCUACAAGACCAUCGUCAUCGGCAGAUUCAUUUAUAAUGUCACUGGCAUUGUAGAGCAUACUCUUACCCCCCGAAUGAUUUCUCCUAUUGGGUGGAAUUGGGGAGCCAAGGCCGGUCUAUUCUAUGCAGGAACUAACCUGGUCUGCAACACGUGGUGCUAUUUCCGUCUUCCAGAGACCAAGGAUCGAACUUUCGGCGAGCUGGACAUCCUCUUCGAGAACAAGAUCCCAGCCAGAAAGUUCAAAUAUACUGCUGUCGACCAAUUCGCUGGAAGAAACGACACGAAAACCAAUGAAGAAGACAUGGCUUGA